GCCGGGAAAGACCAUUUUAUGAAGAAAUGUCAACUACGGAGAGCAAGCGAGAGAAGCUAGCGGGCUUGUCUCUUGACGAUAUCUUAGCGAAUCAACAAAGACACGGCUCUACACCGCCAAGCUCUACAACGCCAAGGCAACCACCCCCUAAAAGUCGAACCCUCAUAGACAUUAUCAAAGACGACGAAAGCAACAAAAAAGAUCGCAGAUCUUGGAAAGCCUUUAAAGACAAGCUUCGGCUAAAGCGUGCUGGCUCUGCUUGGACAUCAUCAAUUCCCAUUCCAACAUCCGACAUCCCUAUCCAAAAUCCAAACAGCAGAAGCUUUUCACAAUUCGGUCGUCGCAACUCAGUUCGAGUCCAAACUCAUUACGACUCAGACAUGUCAACACACCAAGUAGAUGAGCUCGAUCCAUCAGAUGAAUCCAAUGCUCCAGCUAGCAGGCCAAAAUUCACUCGUGGGAGCUCAACUCGGUUCACGGCAGAUUCCUCUGAGAAUUCUGGCGGAGGAAAUCUACGACCACAACUAUCACGCAAGAAUUCCACCAACGUGUCAUCGGCAGAUCCAUUCCGAAAAGGGCGUGUAGUGACUUUUCGAGACAGCUUCGACGAUGAGGAGCCCGACGAUGAUACCAAGCAUCCAGAGACGGGGAGGGCAUUAUCGGCGAGAGAAGCAGUGGCGGCACAAGAAGCAGCAGAAGCUGCAGCGGAGGCUGAGGCUGAGGCCGAGGCUGCAACAGGACCUCCGACGAUGUCGUUGAUGGAUUUGUUAGGGGAGACUGAUAGAGAGAUGGGGUUGGAAGGGUCAAGGUAUAUAUUAAGUGAUGAGGAAGAUUUUUCUGAUGAUGAUUAUGAGGAAGGUGAAGAUGAUGAAGAUGGGGAAAGUGCAUUGGAACACACUUGUUCUAUUUGCAUGGUGAAGCAUAAGGGUACUGCUUUGGCAGCUUGUGGCCAUAGUUUUUGUAGGAUGUGUUCAAGGGAGCUUCUGGUUUCUAAGGGAAAUUGUCCACUUUGUAAUAAUUUCGUUUUAGAGAUUCUUGAGAUUUUUUGAUUUGUUGAUUAUUCUAAGUUCUUGAUAUUUUUUUAUUUAAGUUGGGAACUCUUUACUGAUUUGUUGUUGUUAUUAUUUUUUUCAUUUAAGGUAGAAUUUAUAAGAGUGUGGAUGAUGAUCUCACUCUUAGUCUUUGUUGUUAUUAUAUCGUCCAGAAGUUUUAGGGUCAUUCAAUAGAUGGCAACAAAUAUGAUACAUCUACCACGAUCUUUAUUUAUAGAAAGGAAAAAAAAUGCAGUUAUGCUCAUUAGAUUGGAAGUUAUACUCCAUUUUGCAGUUGCAGAUAUCACGUGAUCAAGUCAAAACGUGCCCUUUGACAAGAUAUCACGGAAAUCCUAGAAUUUUAUUUCAUUUUUAAAAAAAUGUCAACUAUUCUACUCUUUUUUUAUAUUAUUUAGGACCUACAUACAAAACUUUAUCUCCGUUCAAAUGUUAAAACUAUUUGGACCUAUAUAGAAAGAGUAAACACCUAAGGUUUGUUGAAAAAAAUGUGAUG